UUCAGAUUAUUUCUGUCACAUUAAUCAUUUUUUCUCAAUCGCAUUAAAGGAGCAUCAACUGUUCAGAAGUAUCAAUUCAAAACAGUAGCUAAGGCAUUGAAUGUGUUUUGACUGUUUCUAAAUGACAAUCAAUUAGCAAUAAACCUGAUAAAAACUAUAGAUAUAGGUAUGUUAACUGAGACUUUUGUUGAUUUGACCUGACAGUUAUGAGGAGGAGUUUAUCUCAGUCGUGUGACCUUAUUUUGAAACCUUUGCACUUGCACAGUAAAAGUUGGAAAGAAAAGGAUCUAGCACCAUACCAACUCAUCAUUAUCAGUCUUUUUACGUUAAAUCAAAACAAAAAUAUUUGGAUUAUGAGUGAAGAAAAUGACAACGCUGAGAAUCAGUUCAGUGUCUCUCCUGCCUUCUCCAUGCAGCAGGUGAUCAGUGUCUGGGUGCGGGACCCGCGGAUACAAAAUAACGACUUUUGGCAUGCCUACAUAGACUAUGAAAUUUGCUUACAUAGCGACAGCGUGUACUUCACCAAGAAGACAUCAAUUGUGAGACGCAGGUACAAAGAGUUUGUAUGGCUCAAACAGAAGCUACAAGCAAAUUCACAGAUAAUGCAAAAGCUACCAGAGCUUCCCCCAAAGAAUCCCUUCUUCAGUCUGAACAAUGCCCAACAGAUCACUGAGCGGAUGAAAGGGCUCCAGAAGUUUUUGGAACAGGCAGUCCAGAGCCCUGCGCUGCUGUCCGACAGUUGCCUGCAUCUUUUCCUGCAGUCACAGCUCAGCACUUCACAGAUGGAGGCCUGUGCGGCUGGAAGGACCCACUACACUGUGGCACAGGCAGUACAGUGCUGUGGCCUGAGGCGUUUCCACUCCGAAGAGGAUCUGCUAAAAAACCUCAGCAUGUCCUGUGACUCUGACUCAGAUAGCUCAGAGUGUAAAGAUCCAAAGCUUCCGAAGAAAGAUUUGGUAAUAAACAAAGCAGCGAGUGCACCUUCACUUGAUGUCAUGGGCACCAGCCAGGAGGGGAGCCUCAGCUGCUUUUGUGGUUCUACAUGAAAACAUCAUCGCCAGUGCAAAUGUUUAGAGCUUUCAAGAAGACAUUUUCCUGUUACCCAAUCAAAAAUGCACUUUUGGAAAUGUGGUUGUUCUUAAUUAUUUAACUUUAAAAAAUUAAAAGUCAUAACGUUUUGUGUUCUCAUUGGGGGCAUUUCAGUUUGAUGCAUCUUGUACAGUUAAUAGUAAUUAAAAUGCAUCAAUUAUCAAUAAAAUGUUGCCUACCAA